AUGGUUGAAAGUAUUAAUUAUAAAUGGGGCUCGAAAAAAGGGAGAGGUGGAAGUGAAAAUGAUGGUGACAAAGUUUGUUGGAAGAAGAAGUCAAAAUUCUUUGGUCUCGAGUACUGGAAAUACCUUCCUGUAAGGCAUGCUCUUGAUGUUAUGCACAUCGAGAAAAAUGUUUGCGAUAGUAUCAUUGGUACAUUGUUGGAGAUCCUUGGAAAAAAAAAGAUGGGAUUACUGCUAGUUUGGAUUUAUUGA